AACAAUAAAGCACCUUUAAAAACGAUUGUCUUAAUAAAAGAAAAGAGUAGGCCUAUUUGACUAAUGAACACUCAUAUCAGCUGGAUGUGGAACUAUUGAGACGACAUCUACUCCAACUUUGACUCAAGAAGGGGGCAGGUAAUGUUUUAAUCCGAGUCAGCAAAACAGGACAGACUGAGGUCGCUUUUGUUUCCUUUUCUUGCCCUUUUUCUCCUCAACCAGUCCCCGGCAACACCCCCCCCCCUCCUCCUCCAGAGGGCUGGUCUGCUCCGGGGCGUUACGCACGGAGGGGGCCGGUCCAGGAGCAGCUCCACAGGGUCGGGAGGGAGUGGGCGAGCCGGGAUAGGCUGGGAGUUUUGGUCUGGGAAGCACGUCCGGGAAUUCCGGGACGAGGUUUAGGAGUUUUUGGGGGGACGCAAGGACCCGUGAGGCUGUUUUAACUGGACGCGGUGCGUUUAAGGACGAACGGAUUUGCGCACCGAGGGACGCGGAUGACAAAAAGGAGCGUUGCCUUGAAAACUUUCUUUUACCAACCGGGUGUAAAACGCUCGUAAAAAAAAAAGCCUUUUCUCCAUAACGGAUCCGGUAAAGGAGAGGAAACACCAUGCCGCGGCGCACCGUGCAAGAAGUAACCGUGCAAGAUGUCCAGAAGAGACGGAACCCGAACAAACACUACGUUUACAUCAUCAAAGUCUCCUGGAGCGAUGGCAGCACGGAAAUCAUUUACAGACGCUACAGCAAAUUCUUUGACCUCCAGAUGGAAUUGCUGGAUAAAUUCCCAGUGGAGGGAGGCCAGAAAGACCCCAAGCGCCGCAUCAUUCCGUUCCUACCAGGGAAAAUUCUCUUCAGGAGGAGCCAUAUCAGAGAUGUAGCCAUGAAGAGGCUGAGGCCCAUCAACGAGUACUGCCGGGCUUUGAUUCAGCUGCCAGUCUACAUCUCCCAGUGUGAAGAGGUCCGAGUGUUUUUCGAGACCAGACCCGAAGACCUCAACCCACCGAAGGAGGAACCCAUCGGGAAGAAGAAGUCAGGAGACUUGACCUCGGCUGACCCCCUGGUGCUUGACCAGUAUGUGGCGGUGACGGAUUAUGAGAAGCAGGAGAGCUCUGAGAUCAGCCUGCAUGUGGGCCAAGUGGUGGAGGUUAUUGAGAAAAAUGAAUCGGGAUGGUGGUUCGUGAGCUCAGAGGACGCUCAGGGCUGGGUCCCUGCCACUUGUCUUGAGGCGCAAGAUGACCCCGAUGACUUCUCCCUCCCCGGGGAAGAAGUGCCUCGCAGAUUCUGGUCACUGCCAAGGCAUGUGGGUCGUCGCAGAACUUUAGGGGAUCUGUUCAGCACAGGCUUUGGGCCAGAAGAGAAGUACUCAGUGAUUUAUCCGUACUCGGCCAGGGAUCAGGAUGAGAUUGACCUGGAGAGAGGCAUGGUUGUCGAGGUCAUUCAAAAGAAUUUGGAAGGCUGGUGGAAGAUCAGGUACCAGGGCCGUGAGGGCUGGGCCCCUGCCUCCUACCUGAAGAAGUGUGAUAUUCAGAGCCAGAGGCAGUCAGCGGGCGCCGCCGCUCAUGCCAGUACAAACGACCUGGAAGGGUUCUCCAAACAGAACCAGCAAAACAACGCUGCAAAAGAGAACAGAGACAACAGCCAAAAGGAAAACAGACUCUCCCUUUUCUCUGAGAACAACAAAAGUAAAGUGGGAUUGAGACACAGACCUCCUCCACGCAGAGAUCUUACCAUUCCACGUGGGUCCAACCUACCCAAGCCCCCCGUUCCUCCUCAGGUGGAGGAGGAGUUCUACACCAUAGCCGACUUUCAGACUACCAUCCCCGAUGGCAUUAGCUUCCAAGCUGGACUUAAAGUUGAGGUGAUUGACAAGAAUUCAAGUGGUUGGUGGUACAUUCAGAUCGAUGACAAAGAGGGCUGGGCCCCUGCGACAUAUAUUGACAAGUACAAGAAGACCAGCAAUGCCCUGCGACCCAACUUCCUUGCUCCACUCCCCAAUGAGAUGGAGAAGCUGAGGCUGGAGGACGGUGGCUCCUCAAAUGCUUCAGGCACAGACGACACCUGGUCCAAGCCCUUACCGGACGAGCCGACCACAGCAUCCGAGUCUUCUGCCCGGCCUAAACUUAGAGACUGGAAGUCCAAUCCCGGCAGGGUACCUCCUGCCUUCUCUGGGCCUCUGCCACCAGCUCCAGCAGCCCCUCCCGUCGAGGAGAAACCAGCUCUACCACCUCGAAGGGAGUCCAUUAAUAAGAGCUUCGAACUGGAGGUUGCGGAAAAACCAAAAUCGGAUCAUUCCAAGCCGUUGCCUCCAAAACCCCCCGCCCCCGGGGUCAUCAUGCCCCUCGUCACCCCCAAAACGGCCCCGUUCAAACCCGACAAACCACCAGCAGAUGCCAAGAAAGACGACAAGAGCAAAGCUCUUCAUCUUCGGAACGAAAUGGGUAUCGAAUGCGGCCACAAAGUGUCCGCCAAAGAGGUGAAGAAGUUCAAUCUGAAGCCUGUGCCCAAACAGCCGCCGAAGCCAAAGCCGGAGGCGCAGGUGGAGAAACCGGAGGCGGUUGGUCCAGCGGUGCUCAUGAAACCCAAACCGGUGAUCAGACCUAAACCCGUGCCUACAGCAAAGCCCGACCCCCCGGCAGAGAACAAAGUGGACAUCACCAACCUGAGAAGCAAGUUGAGGCCAUCAAAACCCACCGAUCUUGGUUCUGCGUCAGGUGAGACGAACCAUCAGAACGGUGCUUCGGGGGGAGGAAGUAGUUCCCACCCGAGUUCCCCGCCUGGUUCUCCCCCGAGCCAUGUCCCUUUUCUUAACAACGGAAAGUGCACCGAUGAGCCCAAACACCCAUCGAAACACACAAAUGGUGUUAAACUAGAGGGCUCGCCCUCCCUUUCAAAACCAGCAGUGCCCCCCCACAAGGAUCCCCCCCAGAGACCUCCUGCCAUGGCUCCGAGGAGACCUCCUCCUCCAAAGAAAACCGACCCGUCGAGCCCAACCGAACACAAGCCUCCGGCCCUAAAGGAGCCCCAGGAUACCCCAAAGCCCGGACCACCCCAGCUCAGCAGACCCCCUCCCCCGAAACCCAAAAGCUUUGCCCUGCCACCUCCAAGCAAAGAGAAAGAAGAGCCAAAGGUGAAUAAAGUCACAAUUCCUCCAAAACCCCAAAUAAAGAGCGAGAAGCCCGGGCCUCCGAAAGAUAAACUCCCGCCAUUGCUCAAGGAAGCGAGUAAGGACGAGCUUUAUCUAGCUGUGGCAGACUUUGAGGGAGAUGAUCAAACCUCCAGCUUCAAGGUGGGUACGGUCUUCGAGGUUUUGGAGAAAAACACCAGCGGCUGGUGGUUCUGUAAAAAUGUAGUAGGAGACUCGGAGGGCUGGAUACCCUCCAAUUACCUGAGCAAGAAACCUUAG